UAUUCAGAUUCAGAAUAACCAACGUCUAAAAAGAAGUUCUCUGUAUUAAUGUAUUAUUGCAUUUGUUAUUGCAUAUCGGUAUUAAUGCGAUCAGAUUUGAGUCGCUUAGUUUAAUAAAAAAUUCGCUAUGAGUCUUGAAUAAAUUUAAUUGGCUUCUUGAUGGCUCAGCGUUGUAAUAAAUGCAAUUGAUACAUGAUUGUAAAAAUAAAAAUGCACAUGCAUUUCUCCACCAUAUAUGUGUAUGCAGAAACAUGAAUAUGCGCAUGCAUUUUUCUAUAUCUUUUGGAGAAAUUAAUCAAUCGCACACGUAUAUACAAUAGAAAGAACAUCAUAUUAUGAUCAUAUUAUUGCAUAAUCUAUGGUAAAUUAGAAAUUACAAUAAACAACGAGAUGCAAACUUCUAAUGUUUCUAAUAGCGGCUGCUAAAAUUUGAUUAUUCGCAAUGAGUGUUAAUCAUUUUCCGGAAAGUCCUAUUUCGGACUACAAACGAAAUGAACGGCAAGAAAUGCUGAUCGCUCCACCGUUAGAUUUAUCGUUUAAAAAGGCCACUACUAUGCACGAAUUGAUGGAUAAACACGUGCAAAUAGUGCGCACCGGAAAAUCACCGAUGAGAACUUUUAAAGACCGUUACAUUACCAGUACAAUGUGGUUGAGCAAUAAUCUAUUACGCUCUAUGGAAGGUUUUCAAAAUCUUGUGAACAAAUUUCUCGAAAAUCCAAUAUAUCUCAGUUGGUUGGAUUUAUCUUUCAAUGAAAUAAGCAAGAUUGGGGAGGACAUUGAAAAGUUUACAAAUCUGAAAAUUCUCUACUUACAUGGCAACAAGAUCUCAAAUAUCAUGGACGUUCUAAGACUGAAAAAAUUAGAAAAUCUCAGAUCUCUAACAUUACAUGGUAAUCCAAUUGAGAAUGUCCCAUGCUAUAGAGGCUAUAUUGUACAUCUUCUCCCACAACUGCAUGUCCUUGAUUUUUCACCAGUGAUUGCUGCUGAGAGAAAAAAGGCACAACCUGUUGGAUUUUUUAAGAUAAUGCAAUCUAGGGUAUAAAUAUAAAAUUUUAUUCUCAUGUUACUGCGUUUGAUAUACAAUUUUUCAAUGAUUUUAUUUUCAUAUCUUUAUCGAAACAUUGUACCAUGUUAUUCAAGGUAUAUCAAUUUUUUUUUACAAAGUACACAUUUGAUAAAUUAACAUUUUGAGAACAAUAUAUGUCCCUUAAUCAUUU